CACACUCACACACAACACAAUUUGAAAACACAAACAGACAAACCCACCAACAAUUUUUCAACUCUUAAACAUAGAUUAUUACAAACUCCCCCCUUUCUCUCUCUCCCCUUCCCUUUUCUCAACUCAAAUUCAAUUAGUCAACAAAACACCUUCACACACUCCUUUGCUUUUUCUUCUCCCAUCCCAUCUCCUUACUUUCCUCGUUUUGUUUUGUUUUCUUUUCUUUUUCUCACUCACUCACUCACUAACUCCCUUUCUCUUUCUUUUUCUUUUUUUUCUUUUUUUUUUCCUUUUUAAAUUUGUUUUGUUACCCUUACUUUGCUCUUCUUCCCUCCCUCUCUCCCUCCCUCCCCUCUGUCCCUUUCUAAGUUUAGGAUUGGACUUAGGGGUUGGGUCUUACUAUCCACCGCUGAAGGUAACAAACCACACAAAUGUGAUGGGAACUGGAGUUUCCAGGUUGUGUUCUUGCUUAGAACCGGUUAACCGUACCAAACGAACCGAACACCAAGACGUUAUAUUCACAGCCACUGAUCCAUUAGAUGAAACCCUAGGUCACUCUUUCUGUUACGUUAGAUCUUCAGCUCGCUUUCUCUCUCCUUCUCACUCCGAUCGUUUUCUCUCACCUUCUACUUCUCUUCGUUUUUCGCCCACUCACGACUCGGUUCCUAAAACCCGACCCGAUUUUCCAGAAACCGCUUUCAAAGCCAUUUCUGGUGCUUCCGUUAGUGCUAAUAGCUCGGUUCCCAAAACGGUUAUUCAGCUAGAAGAAGAUGCUUCUGCUUCCGCUAAUCACGCUGCGGAUUCCGCUUGUGGUGGUGUAACUAAGGGUAAUAUAGUCAAUGGCUUUGAAAGUACGUCGUCGUUUAGUGCUCUUCCGCUUCAGCCUGUUCCGAGAGGCGGUGAGCUUUUUGAGGGGAGUGGUUUUUUCCUCUCCGGUCCGAUUGAGAGCGGCGCGCACUCUGGACCGAUACAUGCUGAUGGCGGUGUCUCAGCUGGAAUCUCAAGCGGCGGAGAUGUACCUUUCUCCGCGCCGUUAGGGGGGAUGUACGGGAGGAAAAAAGGUGUGUCAGGGUUUAGGAAGGCGUUUCAACGGAAAGUGUCGGAGAAGAAACGGCCGUGGGUGGUGCCGGUGUUAAACUUCGUCGGGAGGAAGGAGGUUCCGGCGAAUGAGGGGAAGGCGAAGCCGGUAGAGACGAAGAGUGAGAGCAAUGUGCAGUGGGCGUUAGGGAAGGCUGGGGAGGAUCGGGUUCAUGUGGUGGUGUCGGAGGAGCAGGGGUGGUUGUUUGUUGGGAUUUACGAUGGUUUCAACGGUCCUGAUGCGCCGGAGUUUCUGAUGGGUCAUAUGUACCGUGCUGUUCACAACGAGCUUCAGGGUUUGUUUUGGGAAGUUGAAGAACAAGGAGACAGUAAUAAUCCUGUUGUGGUGAAAAACAAAACGGAGGGAGAAAAUUCGAGUUCGGGUUUGGUGAAUAUGGUUCAUGGAGCUGAAACUGGAACUGUAACCGGGACGGAGAGUAAACGGCGUAGGCUAUGGGAGUUUCUGGCUGAAGACCCUGAAGAUGGACUUGACCUUUCUGGGUCUGAUAGGUUUGCAUUUUCUGUUGAUGAUGCACUUAGUGUUAGCAAUGCCAAUGCGGGUUCUGCCGGUAGUAGACGGUGGCUGUUGUCCAAACUGAAGAACGGUUUGUCAAAGCAUAAGGAAGGUAAUGGUAGGAAGUCGUUGCCGUGGAAUUUGGGGAAUGAGGAAGAGAAAGAAGAAAAAUUGGAGACGGAAAAUAAGCCUUCUGCUUCUGGCACUGGCGGUGCAAAUGGUGGGAGGAGGCGGAAAUUGGGUCCGGUCGAUCAUGAUUUGGUUUUGAAUGCAAUGUCUCGGGCGCUUCAAGUGACUGAGCUUGCGUAUUUGGAUAUGACAGAUAAGCUUCUGGAUACAAAUCCUGAACUUGCUUUGAUGGGUUCUUGUCUGUUGGUUGUUUUGAUGAGGGAUGAGGAUGUGUAUGUGAUGAAUGUUGGGGAUAGUCGAGCAAUCGUUGCACAUUAUGAGCCCAAGGAGAAUCAAGAUACUCUGAAUGUGGAAUCUGCGAGCAAGGGAGGAGUUGUUGUUGUUGGUGGUUCCAGCACUGAGAGCAUAGUUGAGGAGUCCUUAGCAUUAGAUCAAACUCAAACUGAAAGUGCAAUGAAGGUGGGGAAUCAGGGUCCUGCUCAAGAGACGAGGUUGGCGGCAUUACAGUUGUCUACUGACCACAGCACCAGCAUUGAAGAAGAAAUCAUUAGAAUUAAAAAUGAGCAUCCCGAUGAUCCCCAUUGUAUAGUUAAUGAUAGAGUUAAAGGCCGUCUUAAGGUCACCAGAGCAUUUGGGGCCGGAUUUUUGAAACAGGUUAUCAAUAGUGAAGGAACCUUUAUCACGGCGGAGUGAUGCAGAGUGGGUGGUGGCUACCACAGAGCUCCUUGAUGCGUCACAGUAUAGUCGUGCGACUGGAGCAGCAGUUCUCGCGCUACAGAAACGCAGACCAGAUUGUUAAUGGUUUGGUGCUUCAGUGAUGAACCGGAGGAGAGGAGGGGGAAAAAAAAAGUCUGUCACAAUUUCCGGCCACAAAGAGGGACCACAAAAUGUGUUUUCCAGCUUGAGGCUCCUAUCUCGGGCUCAGAACGGAAUCCCACCCCCACCGCCUCUCCCUACUCAUGCGAUUUUUGCAGUUGCACAAGUGGCUGCUGGUUGUGCGGGGCGCAAAUUGUCUUGUUACAAACCAACCUUACACAACAUUCAAUACUCCUGUUAGGUCUACUAGGAGAGGGGAUAAUACUUCUGGGCCUUAAUCUAUACAAGAACACAACAUAAAAAAGCUAUCAUAAAAAAAGUUGGACAUUGAGUACCAUAGGCUUGUAGAAAAAAUAAUAGUAGUAAAUAGUAAUAAUAAACAAAUAAUAAAUACUCCUUCAACAGUUGAGUUUGGUAUGGUAGAUGUUCAUGUUAAUAAGUACCAGUAGUUACUGUGACAUAUAGAAAUAUCUAUCACAAUGUAAAACUCUUUUUGCAUUUUCAGUCAAAUAAAAGAGUAAAAUUGGAAAGUCUGUCACUUGACUUGUAACAAUAUAUGAUGAACUACAUAGAUAUAUGCUACACGGUGUCCACCCACGUAGAAUUCAGUCUUGCAAUAAACUUUUGAUUAUAAAAUGAGAAGACGGGUGUAAAUGUCAAUUGCUAGGAGAACAUAUUGCAUUGGUGCUUGUGCAGUCCUACUAUAUUCCUCAAUUAUUUGUCAUUAAACUCUCUUUACUGUGCUGAUGCUCUUUUACACUUACAAGUAGAAACCUGAUUGUGUGUUGUGUCUCUUGUUUAGGACUGCAUAAAUUUCUUACAGAUUUUAUUUUAACACCAAAGUAUUCUUGCAUGAUGGAAUAUAUU